CCUGCGCAGUGACCAGCGGGAGCACGGCGCAGGGGUCGCAGCGCCGCCGUGUCUGGGUGGCGGCGGCCGCGCAUGCGCACAGCGGCGGCAGCGCGCGGGGCCGGCGCGGCGGCGGCGGCGGCGGCGGGCGCCAUGCAGGCGGCCCUGGAGAUCACGGCGCGCUACUGCCGCAGCGAGAUGGAGCAGUACGGGCGCUGCGUGGCCGCCAGCCCGGCCUCCUGGCAGCGCGACUGCCACCGCCUGCGCCUCAGCAUGUCCCGCUGCGCCGCCGCCCACCCGAUCGUGCAGCAGAUCCGGCAGGACUGUGCCGAGCCCUUCACCGCUUUCGAGCAAUGUCUGAAGGAGAACCAAGCCUCCGUCGUGAACUGCACUGACCACGUCAACCGGUUCCUGCUCUGUGCCGAUCAGGUGAAGCUCUCCACAUGAGGGUGGAUGACCACACAACAAAGGUGGAAAUCAACCGACUGCAGCAGCUUGGUCUGGAAUGAAUGGUUAAAGCCUACCCUAGAACUUAUCUAUCUGGGUAAAUAUAUGUCAUAAAUUGCUGUUUCUGCAAGAGGCUCCCCCUUCCCUCUGAAAAAGUAAUGUCAAAGUGUCUGUAAGCUACACAACUGCCCCCUGGGGAAAAACAUCUGAUACUGACAGCAAAGGAAAGUCCAGCUACAGAAUUCGGCUCUGUAAACACGAGGGCGAGUGACUGCACAUCAGCAAGUGUCACAUUCACACAGCUUUAUUAAAGGUGAAGCAGUGGUGGAGUGAGCUUUAUAAGGGUUGCAGUUCUGUUACACGUCAUUCUUUAUGUCAGUUCUCUAUAAGUUGUCUCGAGAAGGUGAAGAAUUCCUGAUUAAAAAGCAAAAUGUA